AUUUUGGCACAGCAAAGCCCACCAAACCCAAUUGUUACCACUAAUUGCCGGCGAUGAGCUCUGCAUCCAGGAGACGACUGGGUCUAUCAUCUUUUUUCGUUUUGUCGAAGCUUUGGAAUAUCAGACACCCGCAAGGAAAACUGGUUCAUCGUUGUUGGGUUUGAGCUAGAAAUGGAAGGAGAGAUGAAGGAAGGACGAUCCUUGUAUGAGACCCCCUCCUGGGCUGUUGCAACCGUGAUCACUAUCAUGGUUGUUUUUGGGUUCUUCUUUCAUGGCGUUUUGAAACGCUGUGGAAAGUGGUUAAAUAAAACCAAGAGAAAACCUCUACUUGCUGCCCUGGAGAAGAUCAAGGAAGAGUUAAUGCUUUUCGGGCUUCUGUCACUGUUGAUGGGUCAUUGGAUUGUUUUUGUGGCUAAGAUUUGUGUGAAAUCGUCUGUCGUCAGCAGCCGAUUUUAUCCGUGUGCAUUGGAGGAUGAUUUCCGAAAAGUAGAGCACAUUCUUGUUUCAGGUUCAAAAUAUUUGAAUCACUCCGUUGUCAGAGAGCAGGUGAAAAAUGGGCUGCGUGAUGAUUGUCCUCAGGGUCAUGAAUCAUUUGUUUCUCAUGAAAGUCUUGAGCAGCUUCAUCGUCUUGUAUUUGUUCUUGGCAUUACCCAUGUUUCUUACAGCGUUUUGGCCAUUGCGUUGGCCAUGAUUAAGAUAUACAGCUGGAGGCCAUGGGAACAUGAAGCCAAGUCUAUGGCUAUUCAGAGCUUACAAGACACUCCACUAGCCACGCCAGACAAUACUAGAAUGAGGCGACUAUCUACUUUCAUUUCUCAUCGCACAUCCCAUCCAUGGAGCCAGCACAGAGUUCUUGUUUGGCUGCUUUGUUUCAGCCGCCAGUUCUGGAGUUCUAUAAAUCGAGCUGACUACAUGGCCUUGCGUUUAGGCUUCAUUACAACUCAUCAACUUCCUCUAUCAUAUGAUUUCCAUAAUUAUAUGCUUCGAAGCAUGGAGGAAGAGUUUCGUGAUAUUGUUGGAAUGAAUGUGCCUCUAUGGAUAUACGCAAUAUGUUGCCUUUUUCUAGAUUUUCAUGGAAGCAAUAUUUACUUCUGGCUUUCCUUCCUUCCUGCCAUCUUGAUCCUCCUAAUGGGCACUAAACUUCACCGGGUGGUAGUUAAGUUGGCUGUUGAAAUCAUGGAUAAAUGCCCAUUAGAGGGAUUCCAUCAGUUUCAUCUGAGGGAUGAGCUCUUUUGGUUUGGGAAGCCCAAGCUUCUUUUAUGGUUAAUACAUCUAAUAUCCUUCCAGAAUGCUUUUGAAGUGGCAACAUUCAUUUGGUCCCUGUGGGAAAUUAAGGAUCCUUCUUGUUUCAUGGAUAACCGUACAUUCCUUGUGAUCCGGUUGUCAUUUGGGAUCAUCUCCCAAUAUUGGUGUAGCUUUAUUACAUUUCCACUUUAUGUUAUCAUUACACAGAUGGGUUCGAAGUUCAGCAAGUCUGUGAUUUCUGAAAGUGUGAGAAACUCACUAACUGGAUGGCAGAGGAGAGUAAAGGCCAAGCAUGGUUCCACCGUUGCACUCUUGAAUGAGACAACUACAUUCUCAGAUUCACCAGCGCAUGAGAUAGUCAGACUUGAUGAAUUCUCCAUAAACAGCAUGGAAGGCAGUUCCUCAAGAGAUUGGGGCACAUUUUCCUCACGUCAGCAGGCCUCAAUUUCAAUUUCUGUUCCACUCUACAAAAGUUAUAGCGAUGAUGAUGGUGAUCACGAAGACGAUGAUGAUGGUGGUGAUAGAGAUAAUUAUCACAAAGAUGACGUCAAAGACGAUUCCUUUCUCCUUCCACCACCUUAAGCUUUCUAUGAAUUCAUCCCGAUCAACAGUAGCAUCAGAUUGUAAAUUAUAAUCUUAUUAACCAAUCGUUACUUGUUAAAUAUUAUAUACCUUCUUAAUAGAGUGGUACUGGUUCAUGCAGUUUCUUAUUCAUCCAAAAGGAAGAAAAAGUCUGGAAAAUAGUAUAUCUAGACAGAAAUGGCCAAUGAAAGUGGCCUAGCUCUUUUGAACUGGAUGAGAUCUCACUUGUUUUGAGCAUUAUAUUUGUGAAAUCUUUUUGUGAACCUACUA